AUGGUUGUCCUGGCUUCCUGGGUCUGGGCACUGGCUGCCUGCUUCUCUGCAGCUAUGGCAAAGAUCUCUAAUAACUCCACUCCAUACCCUCCUUUAUGGGAAGACAGCCCUAAGCAGUUGAGUGACUACAGGAUGGAGGGUGGGAAGCACAUAAUUAACCCUUGGGUAUUCACUGACAGGAUGGGGAUGUACAGAAUCUUAUUGAACGAGACAUCCAUGUAUUUUGCAAGAUAUGGUCCAGAAAAUGAACAAAAUCUUCUGUGGGGAUUGCCUCUGCAGUUUGGCUGGCAGUAUCAAACAGGUAGAUUAGCCGAUCCCUCUGAAAUGAUAGGCAAUGGCACUGAACCUGAAGAGAGUCUGUAUGUCUCUGUGAACAGUUGGUGGGCUGAUGUAAAUUAUUAUCUGAGUGUGUUACCUUUCCUUGCUGCUGUUGAUUCUGGAAUCAUGGAGCUAUCUCCAAAUCAAAUCACAAUCUUGCCACCACCCAAGGAUCAGAUGAGGUUUUGUUAUGAUGUUUCUGGCUGUCAAUCUGCCUUCCCUGAAACAAUGGAGAGAUGGAGAGACUUUUUUCAGUACAUGCAGUUGCCUUCUAGUGACUUUGACGGUCUUCUGGAGAAGUUAUGGUAUGCUCAUGCCUUAUCCUUGGAGUAUCCCAUCAAUGCCUUUGUAGACAGAUAUGACCUCUAUUCUGACCAAGAAGCAAAUUUUGAAAAAAACUGGCCUAUUGCUGUGUACUAUUUAGGAGCAGCACAUCUUCCUACAACCCUGAAUAGAGCACACAGCUUUCAGAGGGGUCUGCCUCCACAAGUCCUUGAUGAUACUAGCAUAGCGCCUUUUAUCCCUGACUUCACUCCUCUUCAGAACAAAGUCCUGGUAACACUCAAUCUUCUUGGUGAUAUUGACAGACUUUCAGGAGCAUUAUCUUUGACUCUAUGGGAAAAUCUCAUGAGUACAAAAUUUGCAAGGGAAUUAUUUCUACAAGCCUUUGAAAUGUUCCUGGAAUUAUCUCCUAAAGACCUAAAAUCUUUUGUGAAUUGUGAACAACUGCCUUUGGCCACAAGCAAUUGA